AUGACAUCCCGCCCACCUAACGUUUCCGCAACAGGCGGCAGAAGUAGGGGAUCGGGUGACUCUUCUGACUGUAUCAUAGAAGGCUCAGCUGUUCCUCUUUCUUUUCUCCAGCCCUCUACGUCAAAUAAUAUUGGCAGGCAACCAUCACACGUCGAACCGCUCCAUCUGUACAAUCAGAGUUCGAACCACGGUCGUUAUCAUUCAACAAACCACAACGACGACGACGAGGAAGAACUUUAUCCUGAAUCUACCUCGAAUCUUCUUAGGCGACAUAUACGAGAUUCCACAGAGACAGAAGACGAUGCGUUACGGCACAAUUCAGCAGAUGACAACACAAACUCAAUAAACAUUUUUCAGAGAAUACAUAAACUGAUGUCCAAGACACCCCUCCUAUUACGUUCCGCGCCCGGCUUCGGCACAGGAUCAUAUGGAGCAGCUCCUGUGGGCGCAUCGACAGAGAACAGUGAAGAAGAGGAUGAGCAUCUUGCGAGAAGGGAGAAGCGAAAGAAGAGUUCAUCGGCCCUAAGGAAUCUGAGGAAUUCUAGCAGCGCUGCAACAUUCAAGUCAACCAGGUCGAAUUCGGGCCCAUCCUCAUCUGCGAACCUCGAUACUGCCCCGCGGAUAAGACACCGUACAGGAAGUAAUACACAAAAUGAUGGAGCAGACGAGUUGGAGCUAGGGGCUUCCCCGAUCAAAAUUCGUGAUGCGGAUUCGGAUUCCAUCUCAACAGAUGAAGAUACAGAGGAAGUCUUGCUAGAGGAAGACGAACAGGGAGAGGAUGCAUAUUCGAUAGAUGAUGAAGAUCCGCCGGACAAUUCUCCUUAUGCCCAAGUUCGCGCUUCAGUGUCUGCCAUCGAUAAUACAACUCUGUCAAUCAAUACCCCUCGAAUGUGGGCACUUUCUAUGCUUUUUGCUAUCCUUGGUUCUUCAACGAAUCUUUUCUUUUCUUUACGAUACCCUAGCGUUUCCAUUACACCUGUUAUCGCCCUUCUACUUGUACAUCCACUUGGAUUGAUGUGGGAUGGAUUUCUUAAGCGACGGGACGACCCUGACGAAGAGUUUGUGGAUGGGCAUCGGAUUCCAGCUCAUGAAGGUAAUGAACGUAGUGACAAAUCUGCGACUGGUUUACGGCGAUUGAGGUUAUGGCUGGCACAAGGAAAAUGGAAUGAAAAGGAGCACAGCUGUGUCUACAUCAGCAGCAAUGUCUCCUUUGGCUUUGCAUUUGCAACCGAUGUCAUUGUUGAACAGACACACUUUUACAACCAGAAAGUUGGUAUCAUGUACCAAGUCCUCCUCAUUCUUUCUACACAGAUAUUGGGAUAUGCUUUUGCGGGUCUCACUAGGCGUUUCCUGGUUCGACCUGGUGGAAUGAUAUGGCCUGGAACUUUAAUGUCGGCUGCCAUGUUCACAACAUUACAUAAGGAGGAGAACACAAUUGCUAAUGGUUGGAAAAUUACUCGAUGGAAGUUCUUCUUCGUCGUUUGGUUCUGCUCCUUUAUAUUUUACUUCUUACCUGGUUUGCUGAUGCCUGCAUUGAGCUACUUCAGUGUCAUUACCUGGUUUGCACCAAAAAAUGUAAUCGUUGCGAAUUUAUUUGGUGUGGCUUCAGGACUUGGCCUCUUUCCUGUAACCUUCGAUUGGGCUCAAAUUGCCUAUAUUGGAUCACCACUUUUAACUCCAUUCUGGGCCGCGAUGAACGUCGUUGGAGGUCUCGUCAUUGUGAUGUGGAUCCUUGCGCCUAUUGCCUACUAUAAGAAUAUCUUCUUCUCAUCUUAUAUGCCAAUUUUGUCCUCAUCCGUUUUUGACAACACUGGAAAGAUAUACGACGUCAGCAAGAUCUUAACUUCUGAUUUCUUGUUUGAUAAGCAGGCAUACGAGAAUUACAGUCGCGUGUUCUUGCCCAUUACUUAUGUUCUCAGUUAUGGACUUCAAUUUGCUGCUCUUGCCUCACUCUUGACACAUACUACAUGUUGGCAUGGUAGAGAUAUUUGGAAGCAAUGGAAAAGGUCCCUAAAGGAGGUUGAAGGGGAAGUUAAACCUGCAUAUGAUCCUGUACCUGCAUCAAAUGGAAACGGCCACAGAAGAGGGGCAUCAGCAAACAGCCACAGGCUGAAUCUUGAAAGGACUCCUUCAUACAUGAAUGAUAUCAUCAGCCAAGAAGAUGUGCAUAACAGGCUUAUGAGAAGGUACAAGGAUGCACCAAUGACUUGGUAUCUAAUCACAUUCGUAUCUAUGCUUGCAGUUGGGAUGUUUGUCGUCGAAUAUUACCCCGUGCAUUUACCGUGGUACGGCUUACUCCUUGCAUUGGGAAUCUGCACCGUCCUCUUUAUCCCAAUAGGAAUAGUCAUGGCCAUUACAAAUCAACAUAGCAGUAUAUAUCUCAUUUGCCAAUUGGUCUGUGGUGCAGUGUUCCCAGGCCGUCCUGUGGCAAAUAUGGUAUUCGUCACUUACGGAUAUAUCUCUUCUUCUCAGGGGAUUAAAUUCUCAUCCGAUUUGAAACUUGGGCAUUAUAUGAAGAUUCCGCCUCGAAUUUUAUUUUCCGUUCAAAUGGCCGCCACAAUUGUUUCUUCAAUCACACAAAUUGGUGUUCUCAAUUGGAUGUUCGCCAACGUUCCAAAUAUCUGCACUCCUCAGGCUAUCAACGGGUUCGUCUGUCCACUUGCCCGUGUGCACUUUAACGGAAGUAUUCUUUGGGGAGUCGUAGGACCUGGUCAAUUUUUUGGACCUAAUGCCACCUACCGAGCUCUCGUAUGGUGUUUCCCUAUUGGUGCCAUUGCGCCCAUUAUCUUAUGGCUCUAUUCCCGCAACAAAAAACACAGCAUCGUAAGGAAGAUAAAUCUUCCCGUCUUAUUUGGCUCUCUAUCAUGGAUUCCUCCAGCCACAGGACUCAACUUUUCCGUUUGGGCACUAGUAUGCUAUCUCUUCAAUUAUGUCAUCAAGAGAAGGCAUUCAGCAUGGUGGGCCAAGUAUACAAUGACUUUAAGUGCGGCAUUAGAUUCAGGGCUUGCAUUUGGACUCGUAGUGGUAUUCUUCGGUUUUGUCUAUCCUGGAUGGAUGGAUAAUUUUAAGUGGUGGGGAACAGAAAUUUAUAAAAAGGGCUGUGAUUGGCAAGCUUGUCCGUAUAAAACGGUACCUGAAGGUACGCAUUUCGGACCGGAUACUUGGUAA